GCUCGCAUAGGGAUGUGGAGAUGGGACAGAGUUUUGCUGGCACGAAGGGAGGGAGGUGUUAUUGUUAAGAAGAUAGGGGUUGAAGUUGAAUGGGGAACGAAGUAUAUUGUAAAAAGAAACAUACUAUAGCAGGUAAAAAGAAAAAAAAUCUGCCAAUAAGACCGAAGAAAGUAGUACUAGUAACGUCCAUGAAAAAUAAAUUAGUGACUGUGGUUGUUUAGUCUCGCAUUUAAGCUAUUGACGUAUCGUACGUUUGUUAGGCUCGCCGUAAGGAACACUGAAGUGUUGGACCAGCCGUAAGUUUGAAGUAAGCGUAAUGGCAAAGUUUGGGGUCCAGUUUGGGGGCUAUUUGAGCUGUUUACUAACCACGUUAACUGUCUGUCUGUUUUGGUGUAAGUCAUCAGCUACAUCAAACGAUCUGGAAUCGUGCUUGUACGUCAAAUAUGCGUACUCUGAAAAAGGCUUUAAUGAUAGGGACGUACCAACAAAAGGAAUUCCAGGUGAUCAUCUCCGUAUCUGUGACCGGAGUCAUACAUGUUGCACAAAACAGAUGGAACACAAGCUGAGCACACACAGUCGCGUGGAGUUUGACAAACUUCUAAGGGAUUCUAUUGGCUCCUUGAAAAAUCUUUUCGCGUCCAAGACAUCGAAGUUUGAUAAAGUUUUCCAAGAUCUGCUUGACCAAUCUCAAAAGGAUUUCCACAAUAUGUUCUUACGUACUUAUGGCAUGCUGUACGAUAGAAACUCCUACAUCUUUGAAGAUAUGUUUAAAGUACUGAGAAAUUACUAUAAUUCGGGAGGAAUCCAGCUGUCAGAAGCUCUUGGCACCUUUUUUGAUACGCUCUAUAGGAAAAUGUUCGAAGUUUUGAAUAAUCAGUACACCUUCAGCGAGAGCUAUUUGUCUUGUAUCAGUAAACACAUGGAAGAACUGAAGCCUUUUGGUGAUGUCCCCAGAAAACUGACAUUAGAAUUGAAGCGUUCUUUCAUCGCUACGCGUACCUUUGUACAAGCUCUUGCUGUGGGGAGAGAUGUCGUUGGGGAAAUAUUGAAGGUUGGACCUACUCCAGAAUGUAGCCGCGCCCUGAUGAAAAUGUCUUAUUGUCCUCACUGCAAAGGACUUCCGGAUCUCAAGCCAUGUACCACCUACUGCUUGAACGUCAUGAAGGGUUGUUUGGCCCACCAUUCUGAGCUGAAUACCACCUGGAACAGUUAUAUAGAGGCUCUUCUGAUGUUGGCUGUCCGACUAGAAAGUUCCUUUAACAUCGAAGCUGUUGUAGAUCCCAUUGAGAUCAGAAUCUCCGAAGCUGUCAUGAACUUCCAGGAGAACAGUCAGGCCGUUUCAGAUAGGUUGUUUCAAAAAUGUGGGCGGCCUCGUCUAGGAAAAAGAGAUACUAGGAAAGAGUUGGAGUUCAAGACAUUCAAAUUUAGUCCAAGACAUGACGACAACAAAGCUACCAAAAGCGUCCUGAAUCAACUUUUAGGGAAAAUCAAAAAGAAGCUCAGACGGACUAAGAAUUUUUGGGCAAACUUACCAAAUGAACUUUGCGAUAAUCCAAAAGUUUCAGGCGAUAGAACAACGAGAAACAGCCAAGGAAGUUGUUGGAAUGGGCUAACGAAAGCAAAGUACGAAGCUGCAUUGGUGGGUAAUGGGCUUAUGAACCAAAAAGACAACCCAGAAGUCAGCCUAGAUGUUACAAGACAGAAUAUUGCAAUAACCAAGCAAAACUUAGUGCUUCAGCUGAUAACUGUCAAGUUAAAUAACGCAUACAGAGGACUGGAUGUAGAAUGGGAAUUUCCAAUGGAUGAUGGUAGUGGUAGUGGAAGUGGAUGGAUGCCUGACGACACCGAAGACGACAACUCUCAUGACAUCUAUUUCAGUUACUCCACUACUCGAGCUCCUGCAGCCCCGAUGUGGCCAGCAGAUUCCACUAAAACUCCACCAAAAAAGUUAUCAACAGCUCCAAAAAUGACCUCCUCCAAUUUUCUCAUGGUGUCAACAGUAAUCUUUGUGUACUGUGCUAUCUUGUGAUGAAAAAGAAAACAGGGACAUAUUCUAGUUAGAUAUAAAUGUUCAAGAGUUCUAUAGGAAUGUUUACCAUCUCUUAGGUGAAAAAAAAUGGCUGUAACUAUUCAGCAAUGGCAUGUUACUGGACUUAGCAGCUUCCAAACUCAGGACUAGGUGUACUUUCUAUAACUUGAAAGUUAGUGAAGAGAUAAAACGGUUGAAAAAUUUAGCCCGAUACACUAUCUAUAUAUAUAUACGCUUACCAUAAAUAUAUGAAAAUCUUUUUUUUUUAAGUCUUAAAAUCCAAAUACCUUAAAUAGGUUACCAUAACGUCAUAACAAAACAUUCUCAAAAUAGUUAAAAUUAAUUCACAAUGUUGCUAAGAAGUCUUUAGAAGAUAAUGUGGAAUUUUCAAGAUCAGUUGGACAAUUAGGUUGUAUCAAUAUUUACAUACAGAAAACUUUUAAUGCGAAACACAUUGGUUUUAUAUAUUAUUAUGUGUUUCACCAUAUGUACUCCUUAAUUUAAGUCAUUGUGUUUAUUGUAAUACAAAAGUACAAUGUGCUAACCUUUUAUGUUACUAAGUUCCUCUGACUUGUGAAAACUAUGUGUAUACAGUAUGAACUGUGUACUUAAAAUUAAUGUAGCCAUCAUUGUCUGUACUUAAAAUUAACGCUGUUGUAUAGCAAUACAUUCUGGUUUAUUAAGAAGCUAAUAUUUGUGUUGAACCAUACCUUCAAUCGCUAAAGAAGGUUAUAUAGUGGUUUUAUAAGGACUUGUAAAUUUUUAAGUUAUAUUUCAAAUUUGUGAAUGUAUGUGUUAUCAGUUAUAACUUUUUAGUGGAUUUUAGUAUGAUUCAGUUUACAUAAAUUCCGAACAUGUUGUUACUCAAGACGUGAGCUAUCUUUGAAAGUAUAAAAGUAAGAUAGUAACUUUUGUUCAGUAUAUUGAGCCAUGAACCUUUAGAAGUAGCCAAAAACAAAUGAACCGUGACUUUCUUUUAUAUAUAUAUAUUGUGACAUUUUUACAUUUGAAUGUCACAGAGAAUCUGGUGCAUGGCACAUCUUGUACAGGACUUUAACAUAGACAAAGAUAUCA